AUGGCAGACGAUACGGUCGAGAUAAAGCUCAUAUUUGAUCUUCGGACGCAAGACAAGGGCGGCGUUCUUGUCGUUCGGUUGUCUCGGGAUGGACGAGCUCCAAGAUCCAAGCCGUGCACUGCACGCACCUCAUCUCAUCCAGCCGCUAUCAAGGCAUUGUCUGACCCCGUGCCGGUGCGGGACGCCUUGCCGCGGACCGUCAACUUGGUUCAGGAGCAGCAGAUCCAGCACGCCUGCUCGGCGUGUUUACUCGGACCCCAUGUGGCCGGCCAUCAGAUCAAUAUAUGGACCCACAAAUCGCAAUCUAUGGCAGAAAAUCGGCCACUCCAUAGAUCUCGGGUGUCUCGCACUGUAGCUACUAGCGGUGCUGAGGCUGCGUUCUUCGCGGAAGAAGGGUCGCUUGCGCGCUCGAAGGCUGCUAUCGAACUACUUCAAGUUCAUCAAGCUUAUCCGAUGCGCGCUGGCUUCACGUACGAGGAUGAUUCAUCUCAUGCAUCAGCCGUCACCGUUCGGGGCAACCCGCUUUCUCUGGCGGUGGAGUAUUCGAAAGGGAACUCCCGGUAUGAUUAUCCAGUUGAGCGUACAGUCUGCCAGGCCCGGACGCAGGGCAACCGGGGCAUUCACGGGUCGAUAACGGCAUCUUUCAAGAUCGAUACUUUAGCGUACUAG